CGUGAGCCGGGGCUGGGGCGCGGCGAGGCCGAACGCGGGCGGGUGGCUUCCGGGGCGGGGCAGCCGAGCGGCGGCGCGCGGCUGCAGAGCGUAGGCGGCGGCGGCGGCGGAACUGGCGGGGUCCCAGCGCGGCGCCCGCGACCCCCGGCCUCCAGGCAUGGGCGCCCCUGCGGCGCAGAGCAGCUCAGGGCCUGCUGGUGCGCGACCCCGGAAAGCAGGAGUGGAGAGGCUAGAGGAGCCCGCGGGGCCAGGCCUCCACCAUGGACAGAGGCCAGGCCCUGCCCCUCCCAGGCAGCCUGGUGCCUUCUCCUGGGCCCUGAUGGCUGACAGGAUAAUGUGGUUGGCCAAGGCCUGUUGGUCCAUCCAGAGUGAGAUGCCCUGUAUCCAAGCCCAAUAUGGGACACCAGCACCGAGUCCAGGACCCCGUGACCACCUGGCAAGCGACCCCCUGACCCCUGAGUUCAUCAAGCCCACCAUGGACCUGGCCAGCCCUGAGGCGGCCCCCGCUGCCCCCACUGCCCUGCCCAGCUUCAGCACCUUCAUGGACGGCUACACAGGAGAGUUUGACACCUUCCUCUACCAGCUGCCGGGAACAGUCCAGCCAUGCUCCUCAGCCUCCUCCUCGGCCUCCUCCACAUCCUCGUCCUCAGCCACCUCCCCUGCCUCUGCCUCCUUCAAAUUUGAGGACUUCCAGGUGUACGGCUGCUACCCCGGCCCCCUGAGCGGCCCAGUGGAUGAGGCCCUGUCCUCCAGUGGCUCUGACUACUAUGGCAGCCCCUGCUCGGCCCCAUCACCGUCCACGCCCAGCUUCCAGCCGCCCCAGCUCUCUCCCUGGGAUGGCUCAUUCGGCCACUUCUCGCCCAGCCAGACUUACGAAGGCCUGCGGGCAUGGACAGAGCAGCUGCCCAAAGCGUCUGGGCCCCCACAGCCUCCAACCUUCUUUUCCUUCAGUCCUCCCACCGGUCCCAGCCCCAGCCUGGCCCAGAGCCCCCUGAAGUUGUUCCCCUCACAGGCCACCCACCAGCUGGGGGAGGGAGAGAGCUAUUCCAUGCCAACCGCCUUCCCAGGUUUGGCACCCACUUCUCCACACCUUGAGGGCUCGGGGAUACUGGAUGCACCCGUGACCUCAACCAAGACCCGGAGCGGGGCCCCAGGUGGAACUGAAGGCCGCUGUGCUGUGUGUGGGGACAACGCGUCAUGCCAGCAUUAUGGUGUCCGCACUUGCGAGGGCUGCAAGGGCUUCUUCAAGCGCACAGUGCAGAAAAACGCCAAGUACAUCUGCCUGGCUAACAAGGACUGCCCUGUGGACAAGAGGCGGCGAAACCGCUGCCAGUUCUGCCGCUUCCAGAAGUGCCUGGCGGUGGGCAUGGUGAAGGAAGUUGUCCGAACAGACAGCCUGAAGGGGCGGCGGGGCCGGCUACCUUCAAAACCCAAGCAGCCUCCAGAUGCCUCCCCUGCCAAUCUCCUCACUUCCCUGGUCCGUGCACACCUGGACUCAGGGCCCAGCACUGCCAAACUGGACUACUCCAAGUUUCAGGAGCUGGUGCUGCCCCGCUUUGGGAAGGAAGAUGCUGGGGAUGUACAGCAGUUCUACGACCUGCUCUCCGGUUCUCUGGAGGUCAUCCGCAAGUGGGCGGAGAAGAUCCCUGGCUUUGCUGAGCUGUCACCAGCUGACCAGGACCUGUUGCUGGAGUCAGCCUUCCUGGAGCUCUUCAUCCUCCGCCUGGCAUACAGGUCUAAGCCAGGAGAGGGCAAGCUCAUCUUCUGCUCAGGCCUGGUGCUACACCGGCUGCAGUGUGCCCGUGGCUUCGGCGACUGGAUUGACAGCAUCCUGGCCUUCUCAAGGUCCCUGCACAGCUUGGUUGUCGAUGUCCCUGCCUUCGCCUGCCUCUCUGCUCUUGUCCUCAUCACCGACCGGCAUGGGCUGCAGGAGCCGCGGCGGGUGGAGGAGCUGCAGAACCGCAUCGCCAGCUGCUUGAAGGAGCACGUGGCAGCUGUGGCGGGCGAGCCCCAGCCGGCCCGCUGCCUGUCACGUCUGUUGGGCAAACUGCCCGAGCUCCGGACCCUGUGCACCCAGGGCCUGCAGCGUAUAUUCUACCUCAAGUUGGAGGACUUGGUGCCCCCUCCACCCAUCAUCGACAAGAUCUUCAUGGACACGCUGCCCUUCUGACCCCCGCCUGGGAACACGUGUGCACAUGUGCACUCUCAUACGCCACCCCACGUGCCUUUAGUCCACGGACCCCCAGAGCACCCCCAAGCCUGGGCCUGCGCUGCAGAAUGACUCCACCUUCUCACCUGCUCCAGGAGGUUGGCAGGGACUCAAGCCCUUGGGGAGGGGAUGCAUUCAUGGGGGUGACCCCACGAUUUGUCUUAUUCCCCCAGCCUGGCCCUGGCCUUUAUGUUUUUUGUAAGAUAAACCGUUUUUAACACAUAGCGCCGUGCUGUAAAUAAGCCCAGUGCUGCUGUAAAUACAGGAAGAAAGAGCUUGAGGUGGGAGUGGGGUUGGGAGGAAGGGAUGGGCCCCACCCACCUGGGCAGCCUUUCCAGCCUCUUGCUGGCUCUCUCUUCCUACCCUCCUUCCACAUGUACAUAAACUGUCACUCUAGGAAGAAGACAAAUGACAGAUUCUGACAUUUAUAUUUGUGUAUUUUCCUGGAUUUAUAGUAUGUGACUUUUCUGAUUAAUAUAUUUAAUAUAUUGAAUAAAAAAUAGACAUGUAGCUGGAACUG